AUGGAGAAAACACGAGGAGGAGGGUGGGACAGCAGGUGCCUGGACGCGAAUGGGGCGAGAGGAACCGAGAGGCGCCGGAAGCUCGCCUAUGGCCGGCGGCGGGGGCCGCGGUUCCCAUGGAGACGAGCCCGCCCCCCCACUCCGCUGCCGGUGCCGCGGCCUGCAGCUCGCAGCGGGAGGACGCGCAGCUCUAGGAACAGUCACACAGAUCAUCAGCAUGAGGAGUAUGUGAACCUGGAAUAUCACAUAGAGAGAAAAAUCCAGGAACUGGAAGGAGAGCUUGCUUGUCAGAAACAGGUGAAGCUGCAGACGAGAGAACUGGAGGCCCUCAGAGAGACUGGAAUGCAAACACCAGAAUCACUGCAAACAACGGAAGUGUUUGAUUUGAGACUGGAGGAAGAAAAGCAGUUCAGCAAUUUUGUUGCUAUGCAUGAAGAACUAGCUCAUGCUGCCAAGGAAGAGGAUGGAAUGCCAGCUUCAGCGAAAGAGGCCCAAGUCAAACAAUUUAAAAAGUUGAAGCAGCAGAUUAGAGAACUGCAGACGAGGCAUAAAAGUCUGGAAAUUGAGCUAUGCAGAAGAGAAUGGAGUCACAGUGCUUGUUUAAGAGAAAAAGAUGCUCUUAUUAAAACGUAUAAACAACAACUGUCUCUAGCAGCUGAGCGAGAAUGGAUUCUGGAACAGAGUAAAAUGCAGUCGGAACUGAACUGGCAGCAGCUCUGUGAGAAUGCUGAAAGCAAUCAGUAUCAGAAAUCAGAAAAUCUAACACAAAGCCGGUCUUCAGCAAGAGAGCAGGUUGAAGAUGAUCUACAGAAAACAGACCAGAGGUUGCAUGAAGUGAAGUCUGUUCUUUCUGCUUUGACUGCUGGAAGAGAACAACAAGUCGUACAAACAUCAUUUAAUCAGGGUAUUUUACCUGAAGGGGAGAAACAGAUAUUUCACUAUGAUGAUAAAAGUUCUCUGAGCAAAGAUAUUCCUGCCUUGGAAAUAAAAAAGCUGCAGGAGCAGAAUGCCAACCUUCGGGCUGCUAUUGCACAAAUGAGGAAAGAAAUGGAGAGUCUCGAUGAGCAGAUGUUGUCCUCUCUUCCCCUGACAGAAAACAGACAGCCUGCAGAGCAAGGUUCAUUGCACAGAAACAAAAUUUCAACUGGAACCACUUUGGGCAAUAUCGAAGUCAGCUCGGCUAACUUGGAUUGUAUAGUAAACCCAGACAUAGGAAAGGGGCAAAAACCCAAAGUUGUUGAAGAAAAGAUGGUAGAUCUUGGACAACAGUUACGUGUUGUAGAUUCUGGUGUUGGUCGUCAGUAUGGUGUCAGCUGUACUCUACAAGGAAUGCAAAAUAAACUGAAGGAAGCAGCAAGAAAAAUCUCAGUUUUGAGCCAAGAGAAGCAGCAGCUGAUGGAAAUGGGAAACAGACUUAGGGCGGAACUCGGAGUGGUAGUAAAGGAAGGACUUUGGCAUCCUGAUAGCUUUAAGCGCUGCACAGUUUGUAUUGCCUCUGGUAGUCUUUUUCCAAAAGAACUUGUCAAAAGAACACAGUGUCAGCUAUCAGCUUUAAAGCAUCUACAGCACAGGCUUGCAACACAGGAGCUGUGGUAUGCAAAGCAACAGCAUCCCUCAAGGACCUCUUCUCUAUUUGCCUGUCCUAGCUUAAAGAAAGAAGAAGCUGCAAGCAGCUGUGGGGAAGAAACAGAAUUGCCAUCCACUGAGGUUCAGCUAGAUUUCUCUAUUGAAAAUCAUGGUCCAGUGCAACAAAAGGCAGAUGCAUCCUCAAAGAUCAUUCAAAGUCAGCCACUCAGGCAGAAUCCUGGUCAAGCCCAGCAGGUCCAGCUUUCCUCAUCUAGAGCACAUCAUUUCUGCCAAGGUAUUUGGCAAAAUUUAGAAAUGGGAUCAAGCCCUUCUGUUCUCAGUCCUCAAAAGAACACUGACCAAGUGGAGUUUGAAGUUAUACGUUCAACUGAGGAAUCUGAAGAAUCUCAGCAAAAUACCAAAGCCAAGGACAAGCUUGAAAUGCCAGCUGUGGAUUUGAGAGUCAGAGGAACGAGGCUGGAAGUUCAGCAGAAGUUAAAAUCCAGGAAUUUAUCUUGUACUCAUCCCAUAAAACUAAAAAUCUCUUCUAAUGUGGCAAAAAUCCGUAACUAUAAUAUCAAAGACUGAUUUCUUUGUUGGCAGCAAGUUCCAGGCCCACACUUGCUAUUAACUAACUUUGAAAUCUAUAAGCGAGAUGUAAAUACUGGCUUCAUUUGUGUAUGUCGAGCUGGGAUGUUUGCAGCCAGAAGAGAGAACAAAUGCCCUGCUUCCUACUGUGAACCCUAACAUGAAGGGUUAAUCUCUGAACAUUUUGAGAUUACAGUCUUCACUGUUAAUACUGAUUUAUUUUAAUUCUGUAUGUUAAAUAUUGCUUGCAUCAUGGAUUUAGAAAUGCCUGGUUGAUACAUCUGUAAAGCCUUGUGCCUUUAGGCAGGGCUUGCAGGUCUUUAGCAAAUAUUUUGUUGAGAAACUACAGAUGUGAUUUAAGGUCAGAAGUGGGAUGCCUCAACAUACUUGUUCUCUUAUAAUUAACAAUGCAACCGUUAAUCCUGUGCAGCUAUCUUUCUACUUGAAAGGGGUUUGAGAAGAUUACACCUGAAUCUGUGUUGUUUCUCAUCUUCUGUAGCUCUUUCCACUUGUUUAGGCAGCAUGAAAGAGUAUGAAAUUAAACUUCUGUUGUCACAGGGGUAAUUACAUUUUUCUUUAACACGGAUUGCAUAGACUUUAAAGUGGUGAAAAACAUGUUCAGUAGCAACACUUAGAAUCGUACAGAAGCAUUGUAAGAAAUCAGUCUUACGGCAGAUGAAACCAGAAUAAAACGUAACCGAGUUGCGAUGUGGCGAGGGGUAUCUGUGUAGUUACGAACACACCAGGACAUUGAAACAAGUAAUCAGUGUAUUUUUGUAACAUUUCCAGUAAUGCUGAGCUGUCUUGGGAUAUUACAGCGAUGACCUUUACUGUAGUAAAGGAAAUACACAUGAAAAACGCAAUAAAAACUUUUUUACUGUGAGGAUGGUCAAGCACUGGAACAGAAUGCUUCUCAGUUGCUGCUAAAAACAUAUAAAAUCCAAACAGGAUUAAUGAAGGAAGAGAGCUACUUACCCAUGAGCACUUUUCUUCUGCACUUUUCAGAAAUGCUUCCCUGGUACUCUUUGCAAACAGCUGCUCUCUUUGGCGUCUGACAAUGCGGUAGCGGUCAUUUUGAGAAUUUGAAUUUUUUUUUUUCUACUCCCUGCUGAAAAUGUUUUGCUUUAGUGCAAAACCGCUACAAUAAUCAGAUGCUGAGUCUGCAAUAAAUUUCAUCGAGGUGUUACCAAGCCAAUACGAGGCCUGGGAGACCUUGUGAGUUUCUUUCUAAAUCAUUUAAUUACUUGAAAAUCCUGCCAUUGGAUUCAACAUUUAACAUUGUUCAUGAGCCGGAACAACAUGAUGCAUUCCCUUGAACCAGGCCCUGAAUGAGCUCUUUCUGUAGCUCAAAGCAUAGUGGUUUCUAACAAGUGCAGGAAUUUUGGCCCAGAUCACACCAGUUACAGCUCUCACUGGUUAUUUCUAGAACACCAUGUGUAAAUUCCAGAGUUUGUAAUAGCUGUAGAUGACCCUCAAAAAUAUUUUUUUUAAAUUUCCAAUUGCAUGUUUAAUUCUGAACUGUGGAGAUGCACGGCAUUUCAGUGCCGUGAGAUUCUGUGCAUUUACAGGUGUUAAAAGCAGCAUGCCUUAAGAAAAAGAGCAGUUUGUCCCAUAAUCUCUGUAACACUGCGUCCAAGCCUGGAAAACCUAACUCUUUAUUCCUUACAUCGUGGAUAUAAGCUCGUGGGCUGCAGACUUCAGAAGUGCCUUUGUGUAGGUUUCUUCGCAGGUUUUUAGGGUUUUUUUUUUUCUUGUGUGAGGGGGUUGGAGUUUUUUUUGUGGUUCGGUUCCCCCCGGCUCCCGGUAUGUCACCCGGCAUGCCUGGUCAUGCAGACCUCUUGCCAGAAAUGCAACUUUAAUUUAUUCAGUUUCCCUGAGAAACAGGUUUCCUUAAGGGAACUCUAGGCAAGGGAAGACGAUAGCCCUUCAUUGUUUUGAUUUACUUGUGACAGAAAAGAAGGAGUUCAACGAUUGUACAUUUGUUUCAGAGUAACUAUGAGAACGUAGCAUGCAAGUAUGCUGAAAAUUAACAAAGUAUGCAUAACAACAAUAAAUAACA